AUGAUUUCGUUCAAACAUCACGCCCUCUACUGGGUCUUGUCACUCUUGACAGUCCCUCUAACCAGCAUCCGGAAGCUUCUCUUCGGCCAUGAACUCUUUAUGGGCGCCAUUGACGAGGUCGAAUUCGCGACUGUGUGCCUCUCCUUGUAUUCUAUUGCUCGCCCUGUGUUAAACAUAUUUCAAAACUCUCGUCGAGAAGUAGAAGUUGGCGUGACCAAGUGCAGUGGUCUUGUCAAGGCGGCUGAUCUCGAAAAGCCCGUCGAGGAGAUUAGCAUCACGAAAGAACCUGAAUCCAGAAACGGCAACGCGAAAGGACCAAAGCCCAAAAAGGGGCGGAAGAAACCCGCCAAAAAUGCCAAUGGCAAGCCUCGAGCAGUUCAGUCUCAGAAGAAAGAAGCCCAAAAUGGGGAUGCGAAGCUGUCGAACGGGAAUGGAGCUCUUCAGAACAUAGCGGCGGCACAACGACUCCGGAAGAAAUCCACUGGUCGACUGCAGUCAUUCUUCAACUGGACUUGGAAGUAUCUUGAUUUCUUGUAUUUUUUGUCUCUAGGGAUUUUUUUCACUCACACAGAGCCUCUCAUUGGGUUUCGUCAAUGUGUUGGAAACGAUCACCUCCAGUCAGUUGGUCGCGUACUCGUGAGCUUUCUAGUCAUGGGCACUCUGGAACCAAUCAGACAGAAUUAUUGGCCUUGGUGGCCUGGCAUCUGGUUCGCUGAUAGCCUCAGUGGUCCCGAUAUUUUCAUUCGUGUUUGGCUACUGGUGCCACUCAUUGAUGUCGCUGAGACUGUACUGUACGCUAUUUCCUCCCGAACUCGUCCAGAAUGGUAUAAAAGGAGACUUGAACUUAUGGAAAGGCCUCUUUAG